AUGGCUUGGAGACAGAGGAAUGCUACUAUUGAUACCUUACUCGAGAGAGUAGUGGGUAUCCUGGAGAGGCAACAUGAGCCAGCUCCAAACCGGGGACUAUCCGAGUUCCGUAAGAAUCAACCUUCUCAUUUCCGCGGUGGAUUUGACCCUGAUGGAGCCCAACUCUGGCUGGAAGAGUUGGAGAAAAUAUUUGAGGCCAUGGCGUGUCCGGAUGGCGAGAAGGUCGUCUAUGCAACAUUCAUGCUCGCGGGCGAAGCAGAACAUUGGUGGAGGAUUGCUCGCCAACAGCUGGUGACUGAUGGAACUGCUAUUGAUUGGCCUACCUUUCGGCGUAGAUUUCUUGAGAAGUACUUUCCUGAGGAUCUUAGGAGAAGAAAGGAGUUGGAAUUUUUGAACUUGAAGCAAGGAACCACAAGCGUAGGAGAGUACGCGGCCAAGUUUGACGAACUGUCAAGGUAUUGCUCCUACUUUGCCCAUGCUGAUGAUCGAGCUAGUGGAUAA